AGAUCUAUUUUUAAGGGUUCUCCAACCAGCUGUACUGGAAUACGUAUAAAUUCAAGAGUAAGGGGACGGUGAUCACAUCACCAAAGCGUAAUUUAUGUGUAGCAUUUUUUAUCACAUGUUGGAAGCUUGUUCACACUUGCCCCGACCAUUUUCAAGUAUGCCUGUUUCCGUAAUACAAAUACAGCAAGGCUGUUGACUACUGCCUUCAGCAAAGAAACAUUUCCUCCAACUCAGCUGCUGUCUGUGCUGCCCAGUACUAUGGCGGUGUGGAAUCGGGUCUUCACAUUCCCUCAAUUCACCUUUGAAGUUAGACAAUGACAGUAGCCUCUGGCAAUCAAUUUUGUCCUUAAUUGUGCAUGGGAACUUUUCCCAGCUACCUAGCAGGAUCUUUAAAAAAAAGAAAUUUUUUUCUAUUUUCUUUUUUCUUGGUUCUGUUUUGUUUUUGAGGAGGUAAUUACAUAAUGAGAAUUUUCAUAGCUUUUGAAGGAUCAUUUGAACCAUUUGAUGUUUCAGCUGAUGAAACUGUGGAAGCUGUCAAGCUGAUGAUAAAGGAUUAUUUCCACAUUCCUCUCUCUGAAGACAACCAAGGCAGGCGCUAUCUGGAGUUAGUGUAUGCUGGAGCUGCUCUAAGGAAUACUUGGAGUCUUGCUGAUGUUGGAAUAUCUUUUUGUUCAACUCUCAAAUGCUUUGUUAAGGAAGAAGACAAGCCUACGCUCUACGUGUUCAACGCUGUGACGCAAGAGAUGAUGCCAAUAAUGGAGAACAUUUCCCUUCUUGGUAAAAAGGUGUCUGACCUGAGAACACUGGUUACUCUGAGAUGUGGCUUCCCCGUGAGCAUCUACUGUCUGCGGACUCCAAAGGGACAGGAGAUGUAUGACUGCAACCCGCUCAGGGACUACCACACCGACAUGGGUACAACACUUCGUUUGGACGUCUGGGAUGGAUGGAAGGAAUUUCUGAUGGGCUGUCUCCUUGGGCAAAAACUUAACGUCCAACGAUAUCUAUCAAAAGAAGGACCAGUACUCAAGUAUCAGAAAAGGGUAGCCCUGUACAUCGCUGCCUUUUACGGCUACGUUGACCUCACUGAGUGGGCCCUGAAGCAGGGCGUGCAGCCACAUGAGGCGGUUGGUGUUCACCCCUAUCGAGCAUGGUGCCAUGAAGCCCUGCAUGCAGAUGUCUCUAAAUGUCCCAUUCAUGCGGCCGCAGAAGCAGGCCAGCUGUUGAUUCUGAAGACCUUUGUCAACUGCAGCGUUCUGUGCCUGGAGUGUAGAAACGCAGCGGGACAAACUCCUCUGACCAUCGCCUCCAAACACAAGCACAGAGACUGUGUAUUAUAUUUGUUGAGUAAAAUGUGGUCCACGGUGUCUUUUCUGAAAAUCUCAGUCCCAAUGAGGAUUUAUAUUAAACUAAAACAGUGGCUCCUCAGAGCUCAGAGUCACAGCCUUCAGAAAGGCCAGCUUUGCAAAUCAAGGGCCUUUGGGGCAAAAGUUGGAGAUACUGUGAUGGUGGAUGGUUUCACCACACCACGAAUGACCUCCAAAAGCUGGCAUAAGACUGGGAACCAGGACUCACAAAGCAUCUUGAGCAAGCUACCACCGCUCAAGGCACAGGCUGCAAGCAAGAAACCUCUGGAUUCUUUGCCAGUUUCACAGAGGGACGCUAGGGAACAGGUCCUCACAUUUCCUCCACUAGCAGAGGCAAGUAAGCUCUCUGACUUACAAAGACACGAACAACCAUCUAAAAAAGAAAUUAUUGCCACAGCUAGAAGAAAAGAAAGGCUUGUGAGGAAUAAGUAUCUCCCCCAAGUCCCCCUCCCUCCAGUUUCAAGAGUGGGAUAUUCACACCCAUCACUUCACUGUGCAGCACCCGGUGCUGACUUCUUACUAAGGUCCUCCUUGGACUCUUUCUCAAAGCACAGUGGGAAGACUCCAAGGGAGAAUGCAAUCUACUGCUUAGCCGUGGCAAGUGCCUUCAAAGAGAAACGAUGGCUGCAGCAGUUGGAAAUAGCAAGAGCCCUUGCCAGAAGGAGCGUUUCUAACCUGACUACCCAGGGGGGUCUGACGAGAUGUGAAAACCCUCCGGAAAUUGUGCUUUGAAAAGUCAUGAUAACUUUAUUCUGUACAAAGACCUGUUCAAAUAAUGUCCAGUUUUAAUGUUAAUAUUUCUAAUGCCAUCAGCUCUAAUGCUUGCAGUUCUAGUGCUACGACUUCAACAGGAUAUUUAAUGCUUAACAUCGUGUUUUCUUGGAUGCAUCAUCCCCAGUGAAAAUGUAGGGCUUUUUAAAAAAAUAUAGUCUGAGAAAAAUUCACAAGAAACUGAGGAUCAUAGCCGACUACAGGCUAGGAUAGAGGAUGAGAACCAAGGAUGAAGGAAUCAUUGUUUCUUCCUUUGUUUUUCUAGAUUUGCUUUAAUGAUUUUGGGUUUUCUAAGUCAUAUAACUGUAGAAUGCAAUGAAAAAAUAAAUACUUAAAAUUCUAUGUAAGAAAAUUCCAAGAAUUACAAAUGCUGUCCACAUUAUGCUUGUCUCAAUAUAUUUUUAAUUCCUGCUGAAACAUGGCUUUCUAUUUUUUAAAUUGAGGUAAAGUUUCCAUACAAUCAAUUCCAUAGACCCUAAAUGUAAUAUUCACUGAGUUUAACAAACAUAUAUUAGUAUAAAUAACACCUAAAAUAAGAUUAUAAUUCUUUGGCUAUCCCAGAAAAUUUCUUCAAGCUCCUAAAUCAAUCCCAACACCUCCCAACACGAUGGGAGGCUGGAGAGAAAAAGCUACAAAGAAUGGCUUUUGCCCCUGAUGGCUCGCUUGAGAUGUUAGUAAGA